CCAAAAAAAAAUUCAAAUUUAAAUUUAGAGGUCAACCUUCGACUGUUUCAUAUAAAAGCGAUUUUUUUUUAAUUAAUACCGGUAUUUAGUUGCGAGUCGAAAUUGAAUACUAACAUGAAAGGAGUUUUGAUAUUUUCGUUGGUAAUUUUGGCACUCGCCAGUGGCGAGAAAAAUGCCAAAAAAGAAAAAUCGCUAAAGGAAAAAAGAAGUUUCGGCCAACAGAUAGUACCAGCUAUUUCAUUAGACUCUUCUGAUGCCCUUUUCCAACAAAAUUCUGCCAACUCUUUCUCCCAAUUCCAACAACCCGGAUUCCAACAAGGACAAUUUUCCGGAUUCCAACAAGUUGGCCUACCUCAAGUUCAAGUUUCGGGUCUUUCUGGUCUGCAACAGGUUCAAGUUUCAGGACUAAGACAAGUAGAAAUCCCACAAGUGCAAUCUUUUGGGCAACAAGUAUCAACAGGUCUAGGUGGCCAAUCUUUUGGGCAAGUAUCAGCAGGUCUAGGCGGCCAAUCUUAUGGACAACAACAGUCUUUUGAACAAGUGUCAGGUAGUUUAGGAGGACUGUCUGAAAGCAACUUCCAAAACCAACAAGGCAUUCAAAGCUACGGUGAAUAUCUUAAACAGCAUCCCUUGUCUUCAUCUGGAACUUUUAGCAAUGGAUAUCAAUUCAGUGGACUGCAAGGAGUACAAGUACCUCAAUUUAAGGGAAUUCAAUCUUAUUCACAAGAACAUACCGUUAAAGUUAAGCCUGGAACCCAUUCCUACAGAUACAUUACCAAACAGGUACCUGUAGCGGUACCUCAACCUUAUCCCGUUGAAGUAGUUAAAAAAGUUGGUGUACCAACUCCCUACCAAGUAACCGUACCAAAACCAUACGCAGUUCCAGUUAAAGUACAAGUACCAGUUGAAGUACCCAAACCUUACGCCGUUCAAGUUCCACAUAGAGUACCUGUUGCUGUACCUGAAAGGGUUCCUGUUGAAAUUCCAAGACCAUAUCCCGUGUACAAAACAAAACAAGUGAAAGUAGAAAUUGAAAAACCAGUUUUCAUCAGAGAAAAAAUAGAAGUUAGAGUGCCAGUACCCAAGCCCUAUAAUGUUGAAGUACCAAGUGCAGUUCAUUUCAAAGUACCACACAAAGUAAUCUUGAAGACUCCACAAAUUGUUGAAAGUACGGUUCAGAGCCAGAAUUCAAACUACGGAGUUGUUCAACAACAAUCAAGUGGUCUGAAUUUCCCCAGUCAAGUUUAUAGCCAAAGUUACGGUUACGGUUCAUCUCAAGCUUCCUUGCCAGUUCAAUCAUCUUUUGAACAAUCUGUAUCAAGCGGUUUGGGCAGUCAAUCUUUCGGAAGUUCCGGUCUAGGUGGACAAUCUUUUGAUCAAAGCUCCGAUGUAGUUGGACAAUCAUUUGGGCAACAAGUAUCCAGUGGAAUUGACACCCAAUCUUUUGGGCAACAAGUAUCUGGUGGAGUUAACAGCCAAUCUUUUGAGCAACAGGUAUCUAGUGGACUGGGAGGACAAUCUCUGGGACAAAAUUCUUUUGAACAAGUAUCCAGUGGACUAGGAGGCCAAUCAAUUGGACAAGAUUCUUUUGAACAGAUAUCCAGUGGAUUAGGUGGUCAAUCUGUUGGACAACAGUCUUUUGAACAACUAUCCGGCGGACUUGGUGGCCAAUCUUUUGGACAACAACAGUCUUUUGAACAAUUGUCCGGCAGUUUUGGUGGACUCUCUGGAAACAACUACCAAAAUCAACACGGUAUCCAAAGCUAUACUGAAUAUUUGAAACAGCACAACCAGUCUCCAUCUGGAGUUUUGAACAAUGAAAAUGAAUCCGUUUCAGUUGGAUUAUUUGAAUCUAGAAGUGCAGUCGCUGAUGUAGCAGACAAAACUGUUUCAGAAGGUACAAUUGAAGAAGUACCAGCUCAACCUGACCACAGCCUAUCCGCGGCAGCAGCUUCUACUGAAACAUCCCAGUUACUUCCUAUUAUACUGUCAAUCAUCAGCCAGUCAAAAUGUGGCAAUCUUCAAUCAGACCUGACUGCACCAUCUGCCUCAUCUCAAUAUAGUAGCGGAUAUGGCUCUUCUGGCUCUAGCCUACACAGUGUUAGCGGACAUGGUGGUCAUGGAGAACUUAAUGUAGGAAUAUCAGCCGGUAUAUCGCAUGGAGGUGGAGGUGGAUUUGGAGAUAGCCAUGGAGGAUUCUCAGGAGGACAAGAAGGAUUCUCAGGAGGACACGGAGGAUUUUCAGGAGGACACGGUGGAUUCUCCUCAGGAGGACAUGUUGAUUAUUCAUCAGGAGGAGGACACAGUAGUUUUGGUGGAUCAGGGGGUCAUGGAUUUGGAGGAGCAGGCUUAGAAAGUGGAUCUGACUUUGGAGGAUCCAGCGGAUCAGGAUACUCAGGAUCAGGAGGACCAGGAUUUGGAGGAUCUGGUGGUCCAAGUUUCGGAGGAUCUGGUGAUCAUGGUUUUGGUGGAUCAAGCGGGUCAGCAUUUGGAGGAUCCAGUGGUCCAGGAUUUGGAGGACAAGGAGAUUCAGGAUUCGGUGGUUCUGGAGGUCCAGGAUUCGGUGGUUCUGGAGGUCCAGGAUUCGGUGGUUCUGGAGGUCCAGGAUUUGGUGGUUCUGGAGGUCCAGGAUUCGGUGGUUCUGGAGGUCCAGGCUUCGGUGGGUCUGGAGGUCCAGGAUUCGGUGGAUCUGGAGCGCCAAGAACUGUUCAUAGAGGCACCACCUACUCAGAAAACACGCAAAGAGUGAAAAUUCCAGUACCACGUCCAGUUCCUGUUCCAGUAGACCGCCCGUAUCCAGUCCAUGUGCCAGUACCCAGACCAGUACCUGUACCACGACCAGUACGCGUAGAAGUACCUCAUCCGGUACCAGUAGAAGUCAUAAGACACAUACCAUAUACAGUAUACAAGCCUCAUCCAGUACCAGUGAAAGUUAAACACUACGUCAAAAUCCCUACCCCAGUACACGUAACAGUGCCAAAACCCGUACCAGUAGUUAUUGCUAAGCCUUAUCCAGUAAAAGUACCUACCAAAGUUGUGGUUAGCGUACCUGUGCCAGUAAAUGUUCACUCUAACUCUCCAAUCGGAGUGAGUGCAAGCGUUGGCGGUUUUGGCGGAUCUGGAUUUGGAGGAGGUGGUUUCGGAGGAGGAGCAGGCUUUGAUAGUGGAGCUGGAUUUGGCGGUGGGGCAGGCUUUAGUGGUGGAGCAGAUUUUGGUGGAGACCAUGGAGGGUUUGGUGGAGGAUUUGGAGGUGGACACGGAGGAUUUGGAGGUGGACAGGGAGGAUUUGGAGGUGGACAGGGAGGAUUUGGAGGUGGACACGGAGGAUUUGGAGGUGGACACGGAGGAUUUGGAGGUGGACACGGAGGAUUAGGCGGUGGACAUGGAGGAUUUGAAGGUGGACUUGGAGGAUUCGGAGGCGGAUAUGGCGGAGGUCAUGGAGACUUUGGGGGACAUGGAGGAGGACACAGUGGAGGAUUUGGAGGAGGACAUGGUGGAGACUUUGGUGGCAGCUAUGCUAGCAGUUUUGGUCAUGGAGACUAUUCUGGUUCAAACUUCGGAGGUGGACACUCCAGUGGUUUCUCGGUAGGAGAUAGCACUUACACGUCAGGAGGCCAUGGAGGACAUGGUGGAGGACAUGGUUACGCGUCUAAUUACGAUCAUGGAAGCUAUAGCCAUGGAGGGCACGGUGGCGAUGGACAGUAUGAUAGUAACGGAGGUUACAAAUAUUGA